AUGUCAGAUGAAAAUAAAGUUUCAAUCCGCAAUCGUGGGGCUUUAGGAGAUAAAGAAAUAGCACAAAGUGGUUUUCAUAAUUUGAAUGUAGUUGUACAUCCAAUAGUUUUAUUAUCAAUAGUAGAUCACUACACUAGAGUAGUUAAGGGUGCAACAAAACGUGUGGUAGGUACUCUACUUGGGGAGAUACAAGAAGAAGGUCAUCUGCAUGUUACGAACUGCUAUGCACUACCUUUUGAAGAAGAUUCAAAAGAUCCUAUGGUAUGGUAUUUAGACCAUAAUUAUCAUGAGCAGAUGUACUUAAUGUUUAAAAAAAUUAAUACUCGUGAAAAAAUAAUUGGUUGGUAUAGUACAGGUCCAAAAACAAAAGCUGCAGAUUUGGAAAUUCAAGAGCUUUUUCGUAAUUAUUGUCAAAAUCCACUAUAUUUAAUAGUUGAUGUGAAUAUAAAAGAAAAUAUGUUGUUAUCUAAUCCAGCAUCAGCAUAUAUUUCUAUAGAUGAACCAACCAGUGAUAAACUACUUCGAAGGACAUUUGUACAUGUACCUUGUACUGUUGGAGCUUUUGAAGCAGAAGAAGUAGGUGUAGAGCAUUUAUUAAGAGAUAUUAAGAAUGCUUCAACCUCUACAUUGGCUGCACAAAUAUCAGAUACGAUAAUUGCUUGUAAGAUGCUAAUAUCAAAAUUAAGUGAUAUAAAACUUUACUUUAAUGAUAUAUUAGAAGAGAAAAUUGCUCCAAAUCAUAAUAUCAUCUCACUACUUCAAGAUAUAUUUAAUCUUUUACCUGAUUCAUCUAUUAGACAAGUUUCAGAGUCAUUUAGAUGUGAAUAUGCAGAUAUCCUUUUAACAAUUUAUGGAGCUAGUUGUGUACGUUCAGUCUUAGCUCUUCAUAACCUAAUAAGUAAUUUAGCAGAGAAUAAAUCUCUUCUUGAUGCUAAUGCCUCACAAUGUGCUAUUGAUAAAAAUUUACCUUAG